AUGGCCCAGACGACAUCACACUCUCGCUCGUCAGCGCUCAACGUGACGCUACUCGCCGUCGUCAUCGUCGCUGCGCUGCUCUCACUUUCCCACUGCGCCACACCCGCCGGCAAGCGCCGCGUGCUGCAGGACGGGGGCGGCGCACUGGCGGCGCCGUCACCACCAUCACCUCCAGCGGGAGCGAGAGUGGGAGCAGCACUGGGAGCGGCGGAGGGAGCGCGAGCGGGGGAAGCACUGGGAGCAGCGGAGGGACGGGCAGCGGAGGCAGCGCGAGCGGGAACAACACUGGGAGCAGCGGAGGGAGCGCUAGCGGGAACAGCACUGGGAGCAGCAGAGGGAGCGCGAGUGGGAACAGCACUGGGAGCAGCGGAGGGAGCACGAGUGGGGGGAAGCACCGGGAGCAGCGGCGAUACAAGUAGCGGAGGGACGAGCAGCAGCACUGUAAACACAAAUGCUCCCAUAAGAUAUCGAGCUACCUCAGUGCUCAACCGCGGGGCUAGCCCAAACGCCAAGUUCAACAUUGAUGUUAACAUCUGUCACAAACCCUUGCAUCUCUCCCCCGCAUCUCUUCCCUGCGUCUCACCCCCUGCGUCCUCACCCCCUGGUUCUCACCCCCUGCGUCUCACCCCCUGCGUCUCACCCCCUGCGUCUCACCCCCUGCGUCUCACCCCCCUGCGUCUCACCCCCUGCGUCUCACCCCCUGCGGUCUCACCCCCUGCGUCUUACCCCUGUGGCGCCACCCCUGUGACUCACCCUCCCAUUCGCAGCACGGCAUCAGAGCAAAAACCACUCUUCGGCUUCUACGUCACAACAUGGGCCAAGGCCAAGACGCUCAUCGAUGCAGGGCUGUUCGACAACCCCAAGGGAUUCUACGCGGCGAUCAAAGUGAACGGCGCGGAACCUGCGCGGGAGAAAUCACCCCCACUGUUGCUAACCUGUGAUUGA